CACUUUCAAGGAAGGCUGAGUAAAGGAGAGAACAGUUUUCCUUUUCUAAGUUUUUUCUUUACUUUUGAGAAGUUCUGAGAGGAAAGAAGAAAGCCUUUUGAGGAGGAGGGAAGUUAGCUAAACUACACGGACCUACAAGAAAGAGCAGGUUGUGUUUAUUUUUAGCGUCUUUUUUGAUUGAAUCUGCAGCACGUGGCAGCAGGCUCUGCCACAGGACCCUGGAGAGUGAGGUCAUUUAGUGAUUUGUUCUUUGGCAUUGCUGUUCCUGUUUAUUCAGACACUAAGCAAGCACAAUGGUUGCUGGAAUGGUUAUGCCUCUUGACAACUUGAAGGCCAUCUACGAGCAUCUGUUUCGGGAUGGCGUCAUGGUGGCCAAGAAAGACAAGCGGCCUCAGACCAAACACCCUGAGAUUGCUGGUGUGCAGAACCUUCAGGUGAUCAGAGCCAUGGGCUCUCUAAAAUCGAGGGGAUAUGUGACGGAGACCUUUGCAUGGAGGCAUUUCUACUGGUAUCUUACUAACGAAGGGAUUGUCUACUUGCGCGAUUACCUGCAUUUACCAGCGGAGAUAGUGCCUACUCCACUACAAAGAGUGCGCCGACCUGUUGCAACUCUGGCCGUCACUCGAAGGGCAGAACGGGUUCAAACUAUUGAGGGUCCAACUUCCUAUGUUCCCAAACCCGGCAAGAUGGCUUCGGAAAAACAAGAUCGACAGGGGUACCGUCGCAAAACUGCGAGCACCGAUGAAGCUGAGGAGAUUGAAUCCAAUGAGAGAACUCCACAAUUCAGAGGUCGUCCAAUGGCUAGCGCUCAGAUCAAUUCAAAACGAUCAUGGGAAUCCAAAGAGCUGCCCAUACAUUCUGAUACUCGUGAUUACACCAAAGACAUGGCACCGAGUGCUAGGAGAAAGGUUGCAAUGCAUUCAUUUUCCCAGGAAACUCACCAUGCUAAGCCAGUUGAACGAGAAAAGAUGGUGGAAUGCACCAAGACUGCAUUCAUUCAGGAAAUGCCAAAGGUGAGUCCAGGUGUGCUGACCAUUUCUUCAACUGCAGUGGAAUCCCCUCUGGUUUCGGUCUAUGGUGAAGCAGUUAAAGAAAAGCCCAAAGAAGAUGUGUCUGUCAAGGUCUCUCGUCAAUCUGCAUCCAUAACAACUGCAAAGGAUGCUCAUCAUCCUACUCCAUCAAAACUGAAGGUGGAGAAAACACAGAAGGGCUCUGUGUCGAGAAAAAUGGACCAUGUGCCAAAUGUGGCAUCAGCAGAGGGAACAAUUGCUUUGGAUUCCUCUGUCCAUGCUCAAGUGAUCAAAGAAAAACCCAAGGAAGAGGAGUUUACAAAGGUCACCCAGCAAAGCACAUCCACUGUAACAGGUGCUCUUAGUGCUACUCCUUCAAAACCCAAGUUGGAGAAAACACAGAAAACUUUUGUGUCCAAAAAUGAGCUUGAUGUUUCAAAUGAAUCCUCCAAGCCUUCUGUUUCUAUUGAUGCAGCAAAAGGAAAGCCCAAGGAAGAUGUUUUUAUUAAGGUGUCUGAGAAAACCACUGUAGUGGAUGCUAGCAAAAUGUAUCAACUUCAUCUCGCUCCCUCUGGACCGAAGGUAGAUAAAUCAAAAAGUGUGCCAGCUGUAUCAUCAUCACUGGAGAUUUCUGCUUCAAAAUCCUCAGAGUCUUCAGUUUCUACCGAAGCAAUUAAAGACAUAAACGAAGAAUUGUGUGUCAGCGUCUCCAAGGAAAUCACAUCCAAAGGUGAUAAUAAUGCUGCUUCUCUUCCUACUCUAUCAAAACCAAAAGGGGAGAAAAGACAGAAAGCCACAAAGACCAAAAGCGUGCAGGACAUCACAUGUGUUCCUCCAGCAGAAGAGAUGUCUGUUGUGAAAUCCUCUGCGUCUGAAGCAGUCAAAGAAAAGCCUGAGGAAGAAGUGUGUGUUGAAUUAUCACAGCAAACUGCACUCAAAAAUGAGGGCAGAAUAGAUAAAGAUGCUCCUCAUCCUACUGUCUUAAGUCCACAAGUUGAAAAAACACAGAAAACCAGAAAGAAUAAAAAAAUGCAGGAUUUAUCUACAUUUUCAUUCACCGUGGAGUCCUCAGAAAAAGCUGAAAAGCCCAAAGAUGAUGAAUAUAUAAAGGUCACUAAGGAAAUCACAUUGCCAGCAACUGAUGAGAGCAAAAUGGUUAUUGAUGCUCCUCAUCCUACACAUGUAGAGAAAACUGUGAAAACCCUUGUGACCAAAAAUGUACAGGAUGGCAUCACUGUGAAAUCCUCAGUGUCUACAGUUCCUACUGAAGCAGCCAAAGAAAAGUCUAACAAAGAAGUGUGUGUUAUUGUUCCUCAGGAAAGCACUUCUAAAACUGAUAACAAAACUGACAAGGAUUCUUCUUUUUCUGCUCCAUCAAAAUCAAAAGUGGGAAAAACAGCUAAAACCACAAAGAUCUCAAAUGUGCAGGAUAAAUCUGCUAUUUCAUCAACAGUGGAGGCAACUGUAGUGACAUCCUCCAUGGUUUCUGUCUCUACAGACACAGUCAAAGAAAAGGAGAAGGAGGAAGUGUGUGUUAUUGUUUCUCAGGAAAGCACAUUCAAAGGUGAUAGCAGGAAUGAUGCUCCUCAUCCCGCUACAUCAACACAGAAAGUGGAGAAAAUGCAAACGACUAAAAAUGUACAGAAUAAACCAGCUGUGUCAUCAGCAGGGGAGAUGACUGAAGUGAAAUCAUCAGCGUCUACCGAAGCAGUCAAAGAAAAGUCCAAGGAACAAGUGUGUGGUGUUGUUUCUCAGGAAACCACAUCCAGAGGUGAUCCUGCUGUCUCAAAAUCAGAAGUGAAAAGACUUGAGACCAAAAAUGUGCAGGAUAGCACAACCGUUUCAUCGAAGAUGGAGACUUAUGAAGUCAAAUCCUCUGUUUCCUUGGUUUCCACUGAAGCAGUCAAAGUAAAGCCCAAGGAAGACGUGUGUGUUACGGUUUCUCAGGAAACCACAUUCACAGGUAGUAGCAAAGAGGAUGCUCCAUCAAAACUGAAAGUGGAGAAAACAAAGAAAACCAAAAAGGCUAAAACAGCACAGGAUGUACCAAUAAUUUCAUUAACAGGGUGUGCAACAGCAGUGGAGUCCUCUGUAGUCUCCAUCCCUGCUGAAAAGACCAAAGAGGGUGCAUUAAUAAAGGUUUCUCAGGAAGCCACUUUCAUAGCAACUGAUGAGAGCAAAUUGCAAAAGGAUGCUCCUAAUUCUACUCCAUCAAAACCAGGAGGAUCUAAAGGGACCAAAAGGACCAAACAUGUUCAAGAGCCGACAGUCAAGCUUGAAAAAGAGCAAGUGCCUGCUGUUCAAGCAGAAGAAGUGAAAUCUAACAUAUCCGUUACACCUCAAAUGCCAUCAGAGAUGCCAAAGAAGGAAGAAAAUGUGGCAGGACAAACUGCUGAAAAGAAAGCAGAGCUUAAUCUGAAGAAGAGUGUCGCUGUUACAUCAGUGCAGGCACCUACAAACAGCACUGUUCAGGUGGCUGACAAACAACAGAGAGCGCUUGAUUCCCGAACAACACAGGGAGUCAUAGAAGAUGACAGCACAAGUUAUUUGAAAGUUCACAAAGAGGUGGCGAUCCCUUGUGCCAUUUCUAUCUCAGAGGUCGAGGCAGAGGUUAAAGGUCACAAGCCUGACCCUAGCCCUAAAUCUCAGCCUACAGUUGCUGAAGUAAAAAUGACCUCAACGGACUCCAGCAAUGCUUCAGAAAUAUCUACGAAUGUAGAAUCUAAAGUAGACACACAAAAAUCAGAUCAAGAAAAAACAUCAAUGCUGAUAGAGGAACCCACAACUCCAAGAGACAAGGAUGCAGAAGAAACGUCUAAGCCUUCAAAAGGAAAGAAGAAAAAGAAAGCGAGCAAAACUUCUGCUGUGAAAGAGAUCCCUUCACUUGCAGAGACUGAAGUAGGAACACCAUCUCAGGUUGACCUUAGCAAGGCUGAAGACCACAGGCAGGUUGCAACAAGUAAUAAUUCUGCAAAGACAUCCCCUGAAGGAAUGCAUGCUCCGGAGAACAGGCAGCCAACAGCUGUACAGAGCGAAGCCCCGGCUCACAAAGGGGAGGUGGAGCCAGCGCAGCCUUUAGCAGAAAAACGAGAGGUUCAGAAAGGAAAAACAUCCUCCUCGCGGAGACAGAGGGAAGCACCGACAGCUUCAGCGUCAGCAGCAGCGGGACUAGCGGCCCAGCACACCCCCCUCCCUGCACAGGGGGAUCCUCCCAGCGUUGCACAACACACUGACACACAGCGGAGCGCACACAAGCACUACAGGCUCUCGAAUAGCAAGGCCCCUGCAGGACCUGUCACCGCUGGCCCUGUUGACGAGAAAACCUGCGACGGUCAAGCGCAGACCACAGACGACGCCAUGCGGAAGAAGAUUGUUGUGGUGGAGGAAGUGAUUGAAGUGCAGCAGGUUGUCAGUCCUGUUGCCGGUCAGCCUACUACUGCCCCAGAGGUUUCAGGAGAUGAUCUGGACUAUGAUGUGCUGGAGGAACUGGCCAUAGAGCGUGGGAUUCUGGAGGGUGAAGAGACCUUUUGGGAUCAUUCACUACAAGAGCCGGAGGAAAAAACCUUCCCCAACUUCGUAGAAGAUGAACGGGACAGAGUGCAGAAGAAGACUUUCACAAAAUGGGUGAACAAACACUUAAUAAAGACUCAGCGUCACGUGAAUGACCUGUACGAAGAUCUCAGAGAUGGACAUAACCUGAUCUCCCUCCUGGAGGUCCUCUCUGGAGAGACGCUGCCUCGUGAGAGAGGACGCAUGCGAUUCCACAAACUGCAGAAUGUGCAGAUAGCGCUGGAUUUCCUCAGACACCGGCAGGUCAAGCUGGUAAACAUCAGGAAUGACGACAUCGCCGACGGAAACCCAAAGCUGACCCUGGGUCUGAUCUGGACCAUCAUCCUCCACUUCCAGAUUUCAGAUAUCCAGGUGAACGGACAGUCAGAUGACAUGUCAGCCAAGGAGAAGCUGCUCUUCUGGUCUCAGCGAAUGGUGGAUGGAUAUCACGGUAUCCGCUGCGAUAACUUCACCACCAGCUGGAGAGACGGAAAACUCUUCAACGCCAUCAUACACAAACACGAACCCAGGUUUAUCGACAUGCCGAAGGUUUACCGCCAGACCAACAUGGAGAACCUGGAGCAGGCGUUUACAGUGGCGGAGAAAGAACUGGGCGUCACGCGACUGCUCGACCCAGAGGAUGUGGAUGUGCCUCAUCCUGACGAGAAGUCCAUAAUCACCUAUGUGUCGUCUCUUUACGACGCCAUGCCUCGUGUACCAGAUGUCCAGGAUGGCGUCAAAACCAAUGAGCUGGAGCUGCGCUGGCAGGAGUAUUAUCAGCUGGUCACUGUCCUCCUGCAGUGGAUCCGACAUCACGUCCUCAUCUUCGAGGAGCGCAGGUUUCCCAGCAGCUACGAGGAAGUGGAGAUUCUGUGGCGUCAGUUUCUGAAGUUUAAAGAGACUGAGCUUCCACCCAAAGAGUCCGACAAAGGCCGCUCCAAACACCUCUUCCAGUCCUUUGAGAGCGCGGUUCAGGCCGGUCAGAUCAAGGUUCCUCCAGGUUAUCAUCCCAUAGACGUGGAGAAGGAAUGGGGUCGCCUCCAUGUGGCCAUUCUGGAGAGAGAGAGACUGCUGAGAAUAGAGUUUGAGAGGUUAGAGCGUCUCCAGCAGAUUGUCAGUAAAGUGCAGAUGGAGUCAGGCGUGUGUGAGGAGCAGCUUAACCAGACCGAGUCCCUGCUGCAGACGGACAUUCGUCUCCUGAAUGCUGGGAAACCUGCACAGCACACUAUGGAGGUGGAGAGAGAUCUGGAUAAAGCCGACGGCAUGAUACGCCUCCUCUUUAAUGAUGUUCAGAUGCUCAAAGAUGGGCGCCACAUACAGGCCGAACAGAUGUACCGCAGGGUUUAUCGUCUGCACGAGCGUCUGGUGAAUCUGCGCAGUGACUAUAAUCUGAGGCUGAAGUCCAGCGCCACUACAGCUACUCAUACCACCGUCACGUCCAUCUCCCAGAAGUCAGUGCAGCGCGUGCGGCCUGAGCUGGACGAGGUGACGCUCCGCUACGCUCAGGACCUGCUGGCCUGGGUGGAGGAGAACCAGCGGCGGAUCGACACAGCCGAGUGGGGCAUCGACCUGCCAUCUGUGGAGUCUCAGCUGGGCAGCCAUCGAGGACUACAUCAGACCAUCGAGGACUUCAGGGCCAAGAUCGAGAGAGCACGAGCUGAUGAGAACCAACUCUCUCCCGCUAGUAAAGGCACAUACAGGGAAUAUCUGGGCAAACUGGACCUGCAGUACACCAAACUGCUGACCACCUCCAAGUCUCGUCUGAGGAAUCUGGAUCAGCUGUAUAACUUUGUCAAUGCCGCCACCAAAGAAUUGAUGUGGCUUAAUGACAAAGAGGAAGAGGAGGUCAAUUAUGACUGGAGUGAGCGCAAUGCUAACAUGGGCGCCAAGAAGGACAACUACUCGGGACUGAUGCGAGAACUGGAACUCAGAGAGAAGAAGGUCAAUGACAUCCAGGCCACAGGAGACAGACUCAUUAAAGACGGACAUCCAGGCAAGAAGACUGUUGAGGCGUUCACCGCGGCUCUGCAGACUCAGUGGAGCUGGAUCCUGCAGUUGUGCUGCUGCAUUGAGACUCAUCUCAAAGAAAACACUGCUUACUUUCAGUUCUUCGCUGAUGUGAAAGAAGCGGACGAGAGGCUGAAGAAGAUGCAGGAGACGAUGAAGAAGAAGUACAUGUGUGACCGCAGCACCACCGCCACACGCCUGGAGGAUCUGCUGCAGGACGCUGUCGAGGAAAGAGAGCAGGUAAACGAGUUCAAGAAUGACAUCGCCAGCCUGAACAAGAGAGCCAAAUCUGUGAUCCAGCUGAAGCCACGGGACCCCACCUGCCCCUUCAGAGGAAAACUGCCCAUCCAGGCCGUGUGUGACUUCAAGCAGAUGGAGCUCACAAUGCAUAAGGGCGAUGAGUGUGCGCUCAUUAAUAACUCUCAGCCGUCCCGGUGGAAGGUGCUGAACCGCUCCGGCGAUGAGGCUGUGGUGCCCUCCAUCUGCUUCCUGGUGCCACCCGUCAACAAGGAGGCCGUCGAGAGCGUCAGCGGUCUGGAGGCUGGACAUCAGCAGACAGUGAUUCUGUGGCAGAAGCUUCACGCUGAUCUCCGGGCUCUGCUGUCCUGGCAGUACCUGAUGAAGGACAUCCAGCUCAUCCGCUCCUGGAACAUCACCAUGUUCAAGACGAUGAAGCCAGACGAGUACCGGCUGAUCCUCAGGAACCUGCAGCUCCACUAUCAGGACUUUCUCAAAGACAGACAAGAGUCAAAGCUCUUCGAUUCCAGUGACAGCAUGCAGAUCGAGAGGGAUUAUAAGGAGACCACACAGCAUUUCGACAACCUGUUGCGCACGAUGGAGAAAGGAGCCGCUGUCAGAGCGCAGGGAAGCAGCUGCACAGAAAGGAAAGCAACAUGGCAUGUGUUCAGAGCAGUGGAGUCAGUGGCAGACGGAGUUCAGAGGGCAGAUCAGAGCUCUCAGACACUGGCUGAAGACCAUGGAGAACAGACUGCCCGAUCUGGAGCCUGCAUGUCUUUACAAGACAGUUUCGCAGACUUCCCAGUGUGCCCUUCAUCACCAGAGUCAUUGGCUGUGAUUGUCGCAGGGCCUCAUCCAUUGCUUCCUGCUAACGGCUGGAGAUGGAGCGGGGUGAAGGGUUACAGCACAGCAGGAUCUCCUUUCUCCAUCCAGAGCUUCUUGACCGCAGGAAAUCAAGAUGCACUUCACAGGCACACACUCUUUUAUGGAGCCAGAUGA